AUGGCGCAAAAUCAUUCACACACCUCACGUCGACAGGCCGCCUCUACUGGGGAAACAGUCCCGCAAGAGCGUUAUCAGAAGCUAAAGCGUCGAGUACGCGAGGUGCAAGCGGAAAACGAAAAAGUAAAUGCAGAACUUGAUCGUGCGCGUAAGCGUAUUAAGACAUUAAAACGCGAAAAAGACAUGCUUCUUGAUCGUAUUAGUCAAUUUGAAGGUACAGAUUCUUCAGAUUCCGAGAAAUCGGUGAAUCUUUCUUCUAUUGAAUCUAGCGAUUCAGAAGUAUCCUCACAAGCAAAUUCACGCGCAUCAUCAGUCCCAUCAAUUCGCACUGCCGUAAAGAAAACGGCAAACAAUAUCGUAAACACAGUCCCCAUAACUCACACGCCGCCCGCUAAAGUUGUGCCACAAAAACGCGCGAGUAAACGCCCGUUAAACACGAAAACUAUGAAAGUUCAGCAUGUGGCGAAAGAUGACCGUGGAAAUUAUUUGUUGCCAGUACAGAUUGGGAUAUUGACAGUGAUUAGUUUGGGCACAGUGGUGUAUGAUCGUGAGACGUUUCAUAACGAGAGAUAUAUUUGGCCGGUGGGCUAUGCUGUUAAACGAUCAUAUAAUAGUAUGAUAAAUCCAGAUGCACAAACAAUGUACACAUGCAAAAUUGAAGAUGGAGGUGAAGGUCCAAGGUUUGUGAUCGAGGCCGAAGAUCAACCAGGCAAGCCAAUCACAGCAAACACAGCAACCGGCGCCUGGACAACAGUAGUUCGCGAAGCAAAUGCCAUUCGUCAUCGCGAUCACUCAAACUCCGCAUCCGGUCCCGACUACUUUGGUUUCUCACAGGCGACAAUCCGUAAAAUGAUUCAAGACCUACCCAACGCAACACGUUGUAAAAAAUACACCACGCAAAAUUUCGAGGUGAUGAAAACGCGAAAUAACGGUGGUCGUAAACGCGGCGGAGCCCGUGGAGCUGGUACUGCUUCUACAACGACGGCAACAACGAAUGGAAAAGCUAGUGGCAGUGGUGCGACAAAUGGUAUCUCUGCUUCUACAAGUGCAAAUAACGCCAGUGUUGCGCAGACGCCAACACCACGUGACGCUGAGGAACGAAGUAGUAGUAACGAUGGAAGUGCUAAUGGUGAUGGAGAUAUUGUGAUGUCUGAUGUGAAUGAUGGCGAUAGCGAAGAAGAAUAA